AUGAGGAUCUACUGUUGCAUUCCCAGGGACCACCGCUCGAAACGACGUGAUACGGCACGUCGCGAAGCUAUGCAGCCCAAGGACGUCAGCUAUGUAGAGACCGGCGGGGCAUGGUUGAGACUUCUGCAGAAGCUGGUUACAUUCAAGCAGCAACCAUAUAUGCACCAGGAGUCACAGGGACUCAAGUCACCGGCAGUUCUCAAGACAGUCUCAGCAUAUGCAGCACCCCCCCUUUUCCGACCCGACUACUGUAUCAUUGAGGCUGCUGCAGCUGCUAUUAACCACUCCCUGGAGUUACAAUGA